AGCGACUUAGACAGGAACACAAAAAGUCCAAUUUUUUUGUGUCGCUAAUAACUUUCUUUUUUUCCUUCCACUUUCUUUGGGUUGUUUCUUCCUCAAUUUCCGAGAGAGAGAAAAAGGAAAGAGAAAGAAACAGUCGUCUUUAAAGUUUGAACAUCUCUUGCAUAUCUAAAAUCGUAGUAUAUUUGGAGAUUCUGAAUCCAGGGUGGGGGAAGAGAGGAGCAAAUAUGGGAAACAACUGCUGCUUCAGAAGUCGUCCAGUAGCAGUGAAUCAUCAUAAUUCAGACACCACCAAAUCCAGAAGCCCAGAAACAGAGAGGGCCGAGAAUAGCCAAGAAAAUGGAGGGAUUAUGGUCGGAAAGAAUAUUAGUGAAAGCCAAGAAGAUGUCAAGGAAGAAGUUCGUUUGGAAAGUGAAGCAAAUACUUCGACCACAACAAAAAAAAUCAUGCCAUCAAGUGGUAGAAUUCUUACACCAAACCUUAAAAUCUUCACAUUAGCAGAGCUCAAGAGCGCAACCAGGAACUUCAGACCAGAUACAGUGCUUGGUGAAGGUGGAUUUGGGAGGGUCUUCCGGGGUUGGGUUGACCAUAAGACAUAUGCACCUUCAAAGGCUGGUGUUGGGAUGGCCGUCGCUGUUAAGAAGUCAAACCCUGAUAGCUCCCAAGGCUUAGAGGAAUGGCAGGCGGAAGUCAAAUUUCUUGGCAAGUUUUCACAUCCUAACCUAGUCAAGCUCUUGGGGUACUGUUGGGAGGAAUCACAGUUUCUACUUGUGUAUGAAUACAUGCAAAAAGGGAGCCUGGAAAACCACCUCUUUAGAAAUGGCGGAGAGCCACUUUCUUGGGAGACUCGACUUAAGAUUGCAAUUGAAGCAGCAAAAGGGCUCGAUUACUUGCACACUUCGGAGAAAAGUGUGAUAUACAGAGACUUUAAGGCAUCCAAUAUUUUGUUGGAUGGGGCCUUCCAUGCAAAACUUUCUGAUUUUGGGCUUGCGAAAUUCGGCCCAUUAAAUGGCAACUCUCAUAUAACCACUAGGGUUAUGGGCACGUAUGGUUAUGCAGCUCCAGAAUACGUUGCUACUGGUCACUUAUAUGUGAAGAGUGACGUCUACGGCUUCGGUGUGGUGUUGCUUGAGAUGUUGACAGGGUUACGAGCCCUGGACACAAAUCGACCCUCAAACAAGCACAAUCUGGUGGAGUGGGCUAACCCAUCUCUGUCUAGCAAAAGCAAGCUGAAGAAAAUAAUGGACCCAAGGCUAGAGAAGAACUACCCAAUAAAUGGUGCAAUGAAAGCAGGUGAGCUUAUACUGAAAUGUUUGGAAGGCGACCCCAAGAAGAGGCCAUCCAUGAACGACGUUUUGGAUGAUUUGGUGAGGAUAAGUGAGAUGAAAGAGAAAUCAAAGGAACGGAAAUCCAAAGAUAAAGAGAGUCAUCAACGAUCACCGAUUCAUCGUAAGCAUGGUGGUAAGGAUAUUCCAUAUAUAUAAUUCUACACAUCAAUAUCGAAGCCUGAUGUUGUAGUUAUUGCAAAGAAAUGUAAACGAGUAUUAGUGUACGUAUGUAGUUCCAUAUUAAUGGACAGAUUUUGUAUCAUCUUUCGUUUUGAAGCAAAGCAAUGUUCUUUUUUUUUUUUUUUU